AUGGUACAUCUGCUGCGUGAUGGCGACAACAACAACGACAGCCGCAACAACCCAGCUGCGUUCUACGCCGGGCUCUUUGUGGCGGCUUUCUCCGCCGCGGAGACGCUGACAGGGUUCUGGUGGGGGGCGCUCUCCGACCGGAUCGGAAGAAAGCCCGUCCUGUUGCUGGGAUGCGCUGGCACCGUCCUAUCCAUGUUUGUGCUGGGCUUUGCAACCAGCAUCUGGGUGGCCAUUCUUGCCAGGGCGCUGGGGGGCGCCUUGAAUGGGAAUGUCGGGGUGGUUCAGACCAUGGUGAGUGAGAUGGUCAGUCGGUCGGAGCAUGAAGCACGGGCGUAUGCUGUCAUACCGUUCUUUUUCAGCAUCGGAUGCACAAUCGGUCCGGCCCUCGGGGGGUUAUUGGCCCAGCAGCGGAUGGACCUAAGAGGACACUUUCUCAGCUCCUUGCUGCGUCAGUAUCCCUAUCUGCUGCCCAAUCUGGCCUGUGCGGGGAUGGUUCUGUUUACCAUGGUGUUGGCUUGGUGCGCUCUGGAUGAGACCCAUCCGGAGUUGAGAUUGAAGCGCACGGAUGAAUCACAGCAACAAGAAGAACCAGAACCAGCCCAGUCUGCAGGUUCACCCCUCCUUCGGCAGCACCAUCGGACCAGUUCGGAUUCUGCUUCUGUCCGUGCUACUUCGGGCUUCUCGCUGUGGAGUCUGAACCGCAACGUCAAGAUGCUGAUAAGCGCCGUCUGCUUGCUGAGUGCCCAUACCGUCACCUACAUCCAGCUGCUGCCCAUCUUCCUGCGGACCCCGCGCGAUCCCAGCGUGCCUCGGUACUACAUCGGCGGAGUGGGCGGCCUCGACAUGAGUCUGUCGGCGGUGGGUCUGGUGAUGGGCAUCAAUGGGAUCAUCAGCCUGGGCAUUCAGUUGCUGUUCCCCGUGUGCACGGACUGGUUCGGUCUGCGCCGGACGUUGCUGGUCAUGACCUUCCUCCACCCGGCCGCCUACUUCUGCCUGCCCUAUCUCCCGUUCCUGCCAGCGCGCGGGUGGCGGCCGGUCGGCCUGUGGACCUGGCUGGUGAUGCGGAAUAUCUUCUCGUCGUUCAGCUACCCGGCCCUGUUGAUCUUCAUUAAGCGGUGGACGCCGGAUCCGUUGAUCUUGGGGCGGGUGAACGGGCUGGUGACGAGCGCGGGCGCGGCGUGUCGGACCUUCUCCCCCACCGUUGCGGGCCUGUUGCAGAGCAUCGGGGAGAAUCACCAUUUCAGUGCGUUGGCGUGGUGGGGGUCCGGGGUAAUUGCUUUGCUUGCGGCGGUGCAGACUUGGUACUUGGAGUUGGACGAUGAGGAGGGGUUUACGGAGGCUUGCUGA